AUGCGAGCUACUCAAAGUCGGCAGAAGUCUUAUGCGGACAAAAGGAGGAGGCCGUUAGAAUUUGAAGAAGGAGAUCAUGUGUUUCUGCGAGUGACUCCAACCACAGGAGUCGGGAGAGCUAUCAGGACUAGGAAAUUAACACCAAAAUUUUUCGGACCUUAUGAGAUUCUUCGGAGGAUUGGACCAGUGGCAUAUGAGUUGGCUUUACCCCCUAGUUUAGCCAAUUUGCAUAAUGUGUUUCAUGUGUCACAACUAAGGAAAUAUGUUUCGGAUCCUGUCCAUGUGUUGGAAGUUGAUGACAUCCAAGUUAAGGAGGAUUUAUCUUUGGUUGUAGGACCGGUACGAGUGUUAGUUGUGCAAACCAAAAGAUUGAGAGGAAAAGAUGUUCGUACCGUAAAGAUACUUUGGAAUGAGAGCACUCAUGAAAUGACGUGGGAGCUACAAAAAUACAUGAAAAAGGAGUAUCCACAACUUUUCCGGAAAUAA